CUUUUUUUCUCCUUCUCCUUCUCCUUCUUCCAUCCUCCCCGCUCUGAGGUACCGAGGAGCAGCAUCCCCCUCCCCGGGCUCCGUCCCACCAUCCCUCUCAAGAACAUGGACUCACAGGGCUGUCGUUCUUCCAUCUAGACGGGAAGUCUCACAGAGUCAAGACGGGGGGCACAAUGAGUGAAGAGCCAGCAGUCACCCAAAGCUGGCUGACCCCUGACCCAACAGCCUGGGCGAGUGGAGGCGGGGGUCUGAUGGACAACAGCACCAGUCUGGGGACGUUUCCAGCGGAUUCCCUCACGCCAAGCCAGCUGCCCCUGCUGGUGAACCCUUGGGACAUCGUGCUGUGCACCUCGGGCACGCUGAUCGCCUGUGAGAACGCUCUGGUGGUUCUGGUGAUCUGGCAGAACCCGGCACUCAGAGCCCCCAUGUUCCUGCUAAUCGGCAGCCUGGCACUGGCCGACCUGUUGGCCGGCCUGGGCCUGGUGCUCCACUUCACCUGUGCCUACUUGCUCCAAUCUGAAUCGGCCCAGCUUCUGACGGUGGGCCUGGUGGUGGCCUCCUUCUCCGCCUCUGUGUUCAGCCUGCUGGCCAUCACCAUCGACCGCUACCUGUCGCUGUACUACGCCCUCACCUACAACUCUGAGCGCACCGCGGCCUUUACUUACACCAUGCUGGUGCUGCUGUGGGGGCUCUCCCUGUGUCUGGGCCUGCUGCCGGUCACGGGGGUCAACUGCCUGGCAGAGGAGGCCACAUGCAGCGUGGUGCGGCCCCUCACCAAAAACAACAUCGCCGUGCUGUCUGUCUCCUUCCUGCUGCUCUUCGGCCUCAUGCUGCAGCUCUACGUCCAGAUCUGCAAGAUAGUGAUGCGCCACGCUCACCAGAUCGCCCUGCAGCACCACUUCCUGGCUGCCUCGCCGCACUACGUCACAACGCGGAAGGGCGUCUCCACGCUGGCCAUCAUCCUGGGUACCUUUGCCGCCUGCUGGAUGCCAUUCACUGUCUACUCGCUGAUUGCCGACUACACCUACCCUCCACUGUACACCUAUGCCACGCUGGUGCCUGCCACCUACAACUCCGUCAUCAACCCGGUCAUCUACGCCUUCAGGAACCAGGAGAUCCAGAAGGCUCUGUGGCUGGUGUGCUGCGGCUGUGUGCCGGCCAGCGUGGCCCAGCGUGCUCGGACCCCCAGUGCCGUCUGACCCAACAGACCCAGGUGGGAAGAGAGUGGCGCCCUGAGUCAGCUCUGCUCCUCGCUGGAUGUGUCUGGUGUCAAAGGGAGCAGCAGUGGGGGGGGAGGCCGGGGGGAGGCAGCAGAGGUCCAUGGUUUCAGCUCUGGGUGAGACUUUCCUGGCAGAGGCGAUUUUGUAAGUUAUCCACAGCCCACAUGGAUGGAUUUUUUUUCUUUGUUGCACUCACCAUAUAGGGCAAGGUGUCUCACUGUCUUCCCCAGUACAGAUGGCCACUGCGCGGGCAGCAUCCCGCCCCCCUUCCAACCACGCCCUUCCUCUGUUCUGCAGAGAGCGCUGAGAGCCUCACAUGUUUAACAGGCAGCAGCCUUAUGUGCAUUUAGCUGCCAGCACUGGAGCUUUGGUUGCUUGUUUUUCUUGAAAUAGCGGAGGGAUUGUUAGUUUGCACCUCUGUGCGUAAAAGCGCACGGAGGAUUUAUUGAAUGCGGUGAGGAGAGGGAAGGAGAGAGAGAAUUCUCACGCAGGCAUUUCCAGAUAAAGGCCGUCUGGAUCCCGUCUCUCUGCUGCUGCACUCUGAACGUGAGUCGAAAGCUAAAGAGCCGCGGAGAGCUAAAAAUAGAUCCGGGACUCUGUGAUCCUUCCGCGCCCUGCGUCCUCCACAGACGCUGGGGAAGAAACG